UAAUACAUAACAAAAUUGCCAUUGGAGACAUUGGUCAGUGGGUAGCCAAAGUUGUUCUGAUGGGCGGAUGAAGUUAUCUUGAGGAAAAUGAAUCGGCUAAAGUCCUCUCAAAGAGAUAAAGUUCGUCAGUUUAUAGCUUUCACUCAAACAGACGAGAAAUCUGCCAUUUCUUGCUUAAGUCAACAUGAUUGGAGACUUGAUGUGGCAUCAGACCAGUUUUUUCAGUAUCCACAUCGCUAUAUAAAGGAGACAAAAUCAUCGCUUGAUAAGAGAAAGUUGCAGCAUUUAUUUGAAAAAUAUAAAGAGACUGGUGAUGAAGAUAAGAUAAUGGCUGAAGGCAUUGCUAGGUUUUGCGAUGAUUUAAAUUUGGAUCCAACAAGCAUUAAAGUUUUAUUAAUUGCAUGGAAGUUUAAGGCAGCAACACAGUGUGAAUUUUCUAGAAAAGAAUUUAUUGAUGGCAUGACAGAAAUAGGAUGUGACUCCAUUGAUCGAUUAAAAAGUAGACUGCCAUUGUUGGAACAUGAAAUUUUAGAUAGUCAAAAAUUUAAAGAUUUUUAUCAAUUUACCUUUAACUUUGCUAAAAAUCCGGGUCAAAAAAGUCUUGAGUUAGAAAUGGCUGUUGCAUACUGGAAUAUUGUGUUGAAAGGAAAAUUCAAAUUUCUUGAUCUUUGGUGUAAAUUUCUUUGGGAACAUCAUAAACAUGCAAUAUCAAAGGAUACAUGGAAUUUACUAUUAGACUUCAGCAACAUGAUUACAGAUAAUAUGGAUAACUAUGAUGAAGAAGGUGCCUGGCCAGUGUUGAUCGAUGAAUUUGUGGAGUUUGCAAAACCAUUGGUUUGUGGUAGACAAACCUCGGUGUAAAUUAACAAGCAACUUUCUAUAAGUAAGAAUGUAUACCAAAAACAUUUUCUACAAUUUGUAAAAAGGAUCUUUAUUUUGUAAAAUCACUCUUAUAUAUGUAAAAAAUAUUUUGACAAAUCAACUAACAAUGUAAAGGUCAGAAAGACAGCUGACAAUUUGCAAAUAUUGACAAAGAGAAUGUGCAACUUUUUGUUAA